AUGAUUUCAUCCGGGUAUCUUCCAAUUCUUGGCUUGGCCAUCAACGCAGCGAGAGCAUGGCCAUCCCAAUCUUUCAAGACUGAGUCGUUCACACCACCCGUGUUCAAUGUCACGAAGUCCGGCGCCGCCCUCGCGCCCGGUCUAAUUUUUCUUACCCCAUCUGUAGUAAAUGAAUCCUCACAUGGAGUGAUCAUCACAGACGACGGCGAAUUGGUUUGGAGUAUCCAAGAACAAGCCCUAGCCGACCUCUCGCCCCAAACCUUCGACAACCAGCCCGUCCUGGUAUACUGGGACGGUGCCGGGGGCCCGCUGAACGGGGGCACGGGAUAUGGACAGGUGCAAAUCUUGGAUUCGACGUACACACAGCUGUACAAACUUUGUCCGAACUUUGGCUUGGUCGGCGCAACCAAUGAUUGCCAGAUCGAUGUGCACGAGGCUUAUAUCACAGAACGCGACUCAAUAGUUGUCACAGCAUACAAUGCGACCCCGGCCGACCUCAGCUCACUCGGCGGUCCUGCAGACGGAUGGGUACUGGACUCGUUGUUUUACGAGAUCGACAUCAAAACCCAGGAGAUUCUGUUCUCAUGGAGUUCCCUCAGCGCUGGUAUACCAGUGAAUGCGACUAAACAAUCUGCCGAGGGGUCAUCACAGGCCCACCCCCUUGAUUACUUUCACAUAAAUUCCGUUCACCCCGUUGAGACUGGAUAUCUCAUCAACAGCCGCAACUGCUGGGCCAUGUUCAUGCUCGACUCCGAGGGGGAAAUCCAGUGGGAAUUGGAGUCUUGGGAACACAAUGCACGAGUACACAACCUGACCUCAACUGGUUUGGUUAUCACGUUCUUCGAUAACCACAACGGUGGUCCCAGCGCCAUCAGCCCAUCCAGUGGUCAGGUGCUUUCCGUGGAUCUCACAUCGAUGUCGGUGACCCUGCUGGAAAGGUUGCUGGAUCCCAAUGAAUCAUUGUAUUCAGGUUCACAAGGGUCAAACCAGGUUCUCAGCAACGGCAAUUUCCUGGUUGGCUAUGGAGCGAUCCCAGAGGCAAAGGAAUACGGCCCUGACGGCGAUCUGCGGAUGAAAAUCGUAUUCGGAGACAGCAGCUCGUCGGGCAGUUAUCGAGCAUUCAGGGUGCCGUGGACAGGGAUUCCGAGUGCAGAACCGAAACUGGUCGCGGGCAACGGGACCGCAUAUAUGAGCUGGAAUGGCGCUACUAGUGUCACAGAAUGGGCGAUAUAUGAGGGCCUCACGGCUGAUGCGCUGGAGUUGACAGGCUUGGUCAAAAAAACCAGUUUCGAGACCAGUACAACCAUUUCAGACAGUACAAAGUUUGUUCAGGUUAGUCCAUUUGAGGGAAGCACCUGGCUCUCGAAUUCAAGUGUCGUGGCGGUAGAGUGA